AUGGUUCAUGUGUAUCUGACAGAGGCGUGUAUGUGUGUGGAUAUAGAUAUAGAUAUAGAUAUAUAUAAUGUGCAUCUACCCCAGCUUUCUCCACAGGACUCAUGUCAAGGGUCCCAUUCAAGACUGGAACUGAUUGUAAUUCACCUACCAUCAAACACUUCUUCUAUUAUGGCUGCUAACGCUUUGGCAAAUGAUACUUCCACUCUUAAUAUGGUGGACACCGCAUACGAACUCUUCUGCACAGUCGGUGUCAUGAUCCUAACUCCUGCUAUUGGCAUGUUCUACGGCGGUACUUUGAAACGGAAAAACAUCAUCCAGAUCCUCAUGCAAUCCUACCUGGUGACAGCCGUUAUUUCUUUACAGUGGUUCUUUUUGGGUUACUCGUUGGCAGUUUCAACUUCGUCAUCUCAUGUCAUGGGCAACUUAUCCCUAGGUGCAAUUCCAAAUCUCGGAAUGGGCCCCUACUUUGAAGGUGGUACCAUACCUUCGAUUGUAUACUUUACCUUUUCUGCAUUCUUCCCCAUAGCAACUGUCCAGAUUUUCGUUGGUGCCAUUGCAGAGCGUUCUCGUUUGCUACCGUCAUUAAUUCUCGGCUUUCUCUGGACAACAGUCGUCUAUUGCCCUCUUGCAUACUCCACUUGGAACGGUAAUGGAUGGUUGUUGAAUCUCGGUGCUUUGGAUUUUGCCGGGGGAGGCCCGGUCCAUAUUGCUUCAGGUAUAACGUCAUUAACAUACUCUUAUUUUAUUGGCCCACGUAAGGUUUGGAAAAACAAAGGAGCUGAACAUGAACCGGAGAACACAAUCAUCACCUUCAUUGGUGUCUCGUUUAUUUGGUUUUCUUGGCUUUGUUUCAAUUCCGGCACUCUAGGUGCCGUCAAUGUUCGUACCGGUUAUAUCUUGACAAACACUCAGUUGGCUGCUUCUGCUGCUAUGGUCUCCUUUGUAGCAGUGGAUUACGCCUUUACAAGAAAAUGGUCUCUGAUUGCAGCUUGCGAAGGAGCUGUUUCUGGCCUAGUUAAUAUAACCCCAUCUUGUGGAUUUUAUACACCUUACUGGGCAGUCAUCACUUCGAUAUUUGUGGGUGCUGUUUGCAGAUUGUGCUACAACUUUAACGAAGCUUCCCACAUCGAUGACACCACUCGGUCUUUUGUCAUUCAUGGAAUUGGUGGUAUACUUGGAUCGAUUUGUUUGGGAGUGUUUGCUUCGCCAACAAUUGCUGCGACUGACGGAGCAACUGUCAUUGAGGGCGGCUGGAUCUAUCAUCAUUGGAAACAAAUGGGAUACCAAUUUGCAGGUUGGGUAUCUAUAAGUGUGUGGUCUGCAGGUGCUACCUACAUCUUAUGCUUUAUAAUUGACAAAAUACCAGGUUGUCAAAUGAGAGCAGAUGAUGAAAUCGAAAAUAUUGGUACUGACAUCUUCGAGAUGGCCGAAAGAGAUCCGUUAUGUUUCUUAAGCUUGGACCGGAAUACUAACAACGAUAUCGAAGUUGGAUCUUCUGGAGAGCUAAAGAACAAUGAGGAAAAGGGUAAAUUGGGUGUGGCAGUCUAUGAGGUAUAA